UCGGCACGUAGUUGCCGACGCGACGCGACGCGACGCCAUCUCUUGCGGUAAAACCAUGGCGUUCGUUAAGGCAAGAAAUCAAUCUCUCUCCCCAUCUGCUGCACUGCAGCGAUGCUCGCCGGCGGCUAUGCCUACGUCGUCCUCGCCGUGGUCGCCGCACUCAUGCUGCCGCCGGCCAUGGCGCAGUCGGCCGUCGUCGAGUGCGAAUUGGGCGUCGCCAACACAUACGCGGCCAACACCACCUUCGCCAGGAACCUCGACCUCCUCGCCGCGGCACUCCCCGCCAGGGCCUCCGCCUCGCCCGCCGGCUUCGCGUUCAACACCACCGGCACGGCGCCCGACCAGGUAUACGCGCUGGCGCUCUGCCGCGGCGACGCGAACGCCUCCUCCUGCAGCGCGUGCGUCGCGGCGGCGUUCGCCGACGGCAAGGACGGCUGCCCCGGCAUCAAGGGCAUCUCCAUGUACGAGGACACCUGCGUGCUUCGCUUCUCCGGCCAGAGAUUCAUGGACUUCCUCAGGCCGGACCAGUGGCAGGUGUCCGAGAUGAUCUGGCUUCCCAACCAAGCGGCGGCGAGUGUCAGGGUGCCGGAGGUUGGCUGGUUCAACGCCGCCGUCGCCGAGCUCCUCGCCGCCCUGGUCGAGCGCGCGUGGGCCACCGCGGGCGACAACACCUCGACGGCCACCACCAAGAAGUACUUCGCCACGGGUGAGGAGGACUUCAACCCGAAGAUCUACGGGCUGGCGCAGUGCGUGCCGGAGCUGACGCCGGAGCAGUGCAAGGAAUGCCUCAGGAGCCUCCACGACCAGGCGAAGAUAAUCUACACGGGCAAAAGCCUCAGGUGGGUUGGGACCUAUUCGGUUUGGGGCAGACUGAUGUACAGCGUGCGGCCGUUCUACGGCGGCCGGCCGAUGCUGCGACUCUCGGCGCCGCCGGCGAUCAUCGAGACUCCGGUUGUUACUCCCGAUCCUGGAGCAGGGAAGAAGAAGAGUGCAGCAGGACUCGCUGCAGGACUGGCUUGUUCAGUCCUGGUAUUGUUGAUCCUUUCAGUUUUUGCGUUCGUUCGCUUCAAGAGAAGGACUAAGGCCGUCGAGAGUGACCACCCUUUAAAGAAGAUAACGAGAGCACAGUGCAUGAUUUUUGAUCUGGCGACACUGCAAGAGGCGACUGAGAACUUCUCGGAGAACAAUAAGCUCGGAGAAGGUGGUUUUGGUUCUGUAUACAAGGGAAUACUCUCAGAUGGGCAAGAAGUAGCAGUGAAGAAACUUUUAGGAACAUCUGGGCAUGGAUUGGAUGAGCUACACAACGAGGUUCUGUUAUUGGCGGAGCUUCAGCACAAGAACCUUGUUAGGCUACAUGGAUUUUGCUUGCAUCAGGGGGAGACAUUGUUGGUUUAUGAAUACAUCAGGAACGGGAGCCUGGACAGCUUUCUUUUCGAUGCCAAUAGGGGAAAUCCAUUAAAUUGGGAGCAGCAAUACAGCAUCAUUCUUGGAAUUGCCAAGGGAAUAUUGUAUCUUCAUGAGGACUCAAGCUUGAGGAUCAUUCACCGGGACCUGAAAUCAAACAACAUUCUACUUGGUGAGGACAUGGAACCAAAAAUUGCAGAUUUUGGAUUGGCAAGGCUGCUAGGAGAAGGUCAUACUCACACUAGGACGACUAGAGUUGUUGGAACAUUCGGUUAUAUGGCACCUGAGUAUGCGAUCGAUGGAAAUGUGUCGACCAAGAUUGACAUUUUCAGCUUCGGUGUGCUGGUCCUCGAAAUCGUAACGAGGAGGAAGAACUGCGAUUCUGGUGAGAACGAUCUCGUGAAUCUCCUUAGUGAGGUCUGGAACUGCUGGACGAAAGGGACGAUUGCACAAAUGAUUGACCAAUCGCUUGACGGAGAUUCUCAGAGCCAAGCACUGCGAUGCAUCCACAUUGGGCUACUGUGUGUCCAGCCAGACGCUGAUGACAGGCCUCACAUGUCAUCUGUCAUUUUCAUGUUAACCAGGGACAACAUGGAGCUCCAGCCACCAGCACAGCCGGCAUUCUUCUUUGGGGGAGAAUCAGCUUCCUCUUCUCCAUCAUGGGGACAACGCAGCUACGUGUACGACCGAUGUGGUUUUGUUAACCUUUCUGUAAACGGGGUUACACUCACUGAGCCUUACCCUAGAUGACCGAUAUAAGUCAUAUUUGGUCGUCACAUUGUGAAUGGGUAAUAAUCAUGGAACCAAACCGUGUCUAUGAAAUGAUGCAGUAUACAAUGCAUGUGGCUUAAUUAAAAUUGCUCUCUGGCUGUCCCAAAAUAUAAUAAAU